AAAAGCACCGAAGCUGUAGGCUACUACGGAAGAGCGAGCGCUUUAACCGCAAAACAUGCUCCUCUUUUCAGUCUUGCUCAUCAUGCAUCAUCUUGAAAUACUAGUCGGUAUCUGAAUCCAUCGGAUACGUUUUCGCUGAAGAGAUGUUAAUUGUAAUGCAAAGUAGAGAGAUGAUGUGAAGUUUGGCAUGUGAUGAGCGAUAGUGAAAAUCCAUUCUAAUUGCUAUGCAAUACCUUAGAUGAGAAAGUGAGAGUGGGUGGGGUUGGAAUUGUUUCAAAGUAACUUUCCAAACAAUGCUAACUUCAUAUAUAUCUCAUUAACUAGAGAAAAAGUUUGUAUGUAUAAUUUAAGGCUGUCAACAAGGUAAUGCUAUAUAGUGGAUGCUUCGUAGAAACAAUGGCAUAAUUUAAGUCUAGUGAUUGCCUGGCUGUGGUUUUAACGGUAAAUAUUUGCCACAGAACGUAGUUAUUAUGUUAUUAAUGCGCAGUGCUCAGUAUACCGUGCAUGGUGGCUCUGCACAUUGGUACUUUAAAUUAGAACGGGUUAGAAGUGACAUGGGCUUUGCUUUCCGUAGUCAUGUGCUCUCUCUCUCUCUCUCUCUCUAUGUCUCGCUCUCUCUCUCUUUCUCUUGCUCGCUCGCUCGCUUAUUCUCUACCUUCACAUGUUAUCCAAGAGCUUUUGUUGGGGUUUUGCCUUCUUCUUCUUAAUGAUAUGCAUGUAGGUUAAAUGAAUACCUGACGAAAAGGCCCCCACGUUUUGGAGUUUGCAGUGAAACUCGAUAGCCUGAGAGGAAAAAGUGGCCCGUAAUGAGAAGAAGCAACCUUUGGAAUUCCUCCUCGUAAAAAAUCCCAUUCUGCUCUUUUUCCUCCUCUCCCUGUUCUUGUUCUUUUAGGCUUGAAGACAUGAUCACUAGCAGCAGUGUUUAUGGCUUAAAGAUGCAGUGGACCCCAGAGCAUGCCCAGUGGGCGGAACAGCACUUUGACAUCUCCUCCACCACCCGCUCCCCAGCACACAAGGCCGAGGCCUAUCGGGGACACCUGCAGAGGACGUACCAGUACGCCUGGGCCAACGACGACAUCUCCGCCCUGACCGCCUCCAACCUCCUGAAGAAGUAUGCCGAGAAGUACUCGGGCAUCCUGGAGGGCCCCAGCGAGAGAAGCCUGCUGUGUUCCUACACGGAUGGGCCCGCUCCCGCCGGCCUCCUGAACGGACGCAAGUCGGAGAGCGACUGGCAGGACGGCAUCUACCCCAUGAGCUGUGCGGCCGACGUCAUCGCGGCGAGCAAAGCCGGCGUCACGGUGGAAGUCUCUGCCAGUGUGGGGAAUUCCACGGGGUCAGGGACGGGCAGCCUGGUGGAGCCCGGCUACUCCAGCAGCAACUGCGGCGGCCACACGCCGGCCCAGGACUUCAGCAGCAGCUACAACGGCUCCUACCUGCACUCCAGCUACAGCGGGCAGAGCACGCCCGGCCUGCCCUCGCCACACCCGUCACCCCUGCACAGCGCCGGGCUUCUACAGCCCCCACCACCCCCACCGCCUCCUCCCCCUCCCACACUAGUGCCCAGCUACAACGCGGGCUCCCCGAACCUGUCCAGCUACAGCUACCCCACAGCAGGGUACCCCCCACAGACUCCAGUGGCUGGUUAUAGUCCGGGGGGAGGGCCUCCACCUCCCCCGUCCGCCUACCUGCCGUCGGGCAUUGCUGCGCCCACUCCACUCACCCCUUCCACUUUACCCGGCUACACCUACCAGUCCCACAGCCACGCGCCCAUCGCCCCCACCCCUCUCAAUGGCAGCUCCGCCAACUCGCUGAAGAGGAAAGCGUUCUACAUGACAGGCCAGGGAGACAUGGACUCCGCUUAUGGAAAUUUCAGUUACAGCCAGCAACAGCAGCAGCCACAGCAGCGCUCCACCCAGAGCCCCAUGUACCGAAUGCCUGACAGCAGCAUCGCUGACUCAAGCAGAGGGAACGGAUUUGACAGAAACGCUGAAGCGUCAUCUUUGGCGUUUAAGCCCACCAAGCAGUCGAUGUCCUCGGAUCAGCAGAGGAAGUUCAGCGGGCAGUCGGCCGGCUCGCGGGCGCUCACCCCCCCGUCGUCCUACGGCUCGGGCAAAUCGUUCAGCGGGAAGUUCAGCGAGGAGCACAGGCAGCACCUCGGCCAUUCCGGCGGUGCUUCGUCUGCGCACCCGGCCGCGGAGCAGCUGAAGAACAGCGACGCCAGCCUGGUGGAGCUGAUCACCACCGAGGUCCUCCAGCAGGGGAUGCCGCCCGUCGACUGGAGCGACAUCGCCGGCCUGGACCUGGCCAAGGCCACCCUCAAGGACGAGGUGCUGUGGCCCUUGCUGCGGCCGGACAUGUUCAGUGGGCUGGGCGCCCUGCCUCGCACCGUCCUGCUCUUCGGGCCCCAGGGGAGCGGGCGGACGCUGCUGGCCCGCUGCGUGGCCAGCCAGAUGGGCGCCGCCUUCCUGCAGCUCAGCGGCCAGGCGUUGGCCACUAAGUGGGUGUCGGAGGGCGAUAAGAUCGUGCAGGCCUCCUUCCUGGUGGCGCGUUGCCGGCAGCCGGCCGUGGUGUUCAUCAGCGAGGUGGAGCUGCUCCUGUCGGGGCAGCUGGCCGAGGAAAGCCCCGUGCAGCGCUUGCGGAGUGAGCUGCUGCUGCAGCUGGACGGCCUGCUGUCGGCGGCGGCCGACGAGCAGGUGCUGGUGAUCUGCUCCACCAGCAAGCCGGAAGAGAUUGACGAGCCGCUGCGGAGGUAUUUCAUGAAGCGGCUGCUGGUGCCGCUGCCGGACGCCGGCGCUCGCCACCAGAUCAUCAGCCAGCUGCUCGCCCAGCACAACUACUGCCUCAACGACAAGGAGGUGGCCCUGCUGGUCCAGCGGACUGAGGGCUUCUCCGGGUUGGACGUGGCGCGCCUGUGCCAGGAGGCCGUCAUAGGCCCGCUGCACGGCAUGGCCGGAUCUGACUUCUUGCCCAGUCAGGUGAGGCCAGUCUCGUACCAGGACUUUGAGAACGUCAUUUGCAAAAUCCAGCCCAGCAUAUCACAAAAAGAACUUGACACAUACACUGAAUGGAAUAAAAUGUUUGGCUGUUGUCAAUGAGAAACAUAGCAAAAAGCGAAAAAACAAAAAAAAAUAAACAUGUUUUAAAAGGCGAGCCUUUUAAAAGACGGAUGCGUUUCAGAAUUAUUUUGUGGUAAGCAUUCAGUUUUGAAGGGGGGACACGAAUACAUAAUGGCAACCCAAACCACAAAGACAUGAAAUGACACUUGAAAUAAGACUUGAAAAGGCGCAGAGCCUUGCUUUAGUCUAUGUCUGGCAAUCUGCACAAAAACACAGCAGAGAAAUACUGUUUGAUGCUCCACACUGCUGAAGGUAAGCCUCACCUACCCAUGGUGCACUGUAAGUAAGUCGACUUAAAGGGGAAGGAAACCUUUAUUUGCUCCUUAUUAUGUGUAUAUAUCAUUCUGCUGUUUUUUUUUGUUUUUAUUCUGUUGCUAUCAAGUGCCUGAAGUGGUGCUUUAUCAUUUUGUAUUUCCUUUUUUUUUUUUUGCCUCACAAUCAACAUUGGUGGCACGUGCUAAUAUAGAAAGCUUUAGGACGAGACUAAAACAACACACAGCUCUGCUUUGUCCUCUUUGUUUUACAAUGAAACAACAACAGUAUUCCUCAAUCAAAUCUGUCUCACAGUGUAUGUGGACAGAGGACAAAAAAAAAAGUCCAUGCGGCAUUUGUAAUCUGGACCCUAACUUAUAAGACUUCAUUUAUUUUAAUGUCGUUGAAAUGAAAAAGAAAUCUCAGGAAAGUGAUUGUGAUUUGUACAGUACCUCAAACAGAUUGUGUCGAAGCACUACACACUGCUGACAACAUUAGGCCUGGUUUCUGAUUUGCAUUAUCUAAAAUGGAACAAAUGUAGGUUUUACCUCAGUAGAAUAGUAAUGGCAAGGAUAUGACUAUGAAUGUACCAGAGGUAAUCUGGAAUGUUAAAGAGGAAAAUUGGAGGAGAAAGUUCUUUCCAUCUUUGAUUUUCUAUAAUUUUUCUGUCAUUUUUAAUCUCUUCUAAAUUCUAUUCUUAAUUCUAUCCUUUCUUGAAAUUUUUCCAUGUCUAUUUUCUUUUGUUUGUUGGUUUGUUUGUUUUUCCGUGUCAGUGUUAAGUAUUCCAUUGAGACACUUGUUUUGUAUUACUUGUGGCAGCUGAUGAGGGUCUGAUAGUGGUGUUGUAUGAGCAGUGCACCAGUCAUGAACACACCACCCUUUACCUGCCCUCCUCCCACAGACAGUGAAUGGAGUCCAUGUUGACAAGAUUGGCACAGACUAGCAUCGUGUUUGGAAAGGUUAGCUAUUUCAGCUUAGCCGCACCAGGAAGAAUGCAGUAUCCCGUCAUAUAGAUAUGUUUUUCUAAUUAAUAUAUUUUGUAGUUGUUUGUCCGUGCUGCAGAAAGGAUAGUUUGACCACUUUGAGUAAACCAAAAUGUUUUGGGAUGAAACUUUUAUUUUCUUGUCUCUCUCUCUCUCUCUCUCUCUCUCUUUCCUUUGGGUAAGAAUUCAUAAUGCAGUUUUAUGACUUUGCUCUGCUGCUGUCUGUGGAUUGUCUGUGAUGAUAUCUGUGAGCCCUGCAUUCAGUUCUACCUCAGUUUAGUGCAGUUUUUCUGGAACAACACACAAAAGAGAGAUGGAUAGACGGCUGAACCUCUCUGACUUGUUUGCUCGCAAACCCUCCCAAUAGAACAAGCUGCCAUUUUUAUCAAGGCAAAAAAAAAAAAAAACCUUCUCUUUGUUCAAUCAUCUUUCUUACUCAUAGUCUGUAUACCCUGCCAUAUGUAUAUGAAAGUGUGUGCACAAACACUAUUUACGAUAGGUUCUCCUUUGAGUAUAGACAUUGCAUUCAUCUUUCACAAAGAUUUCCUUACCUUUUCAUUGUGCUGCCCCAGACACAUGUUAGCAGUAACAUGUCUGGACCAGAGCAAGGCAGGUGAACAGAGAGACAGCGGGUUCUAUUUUAAUCGUGCACGACGCAGAGCGCAAACGCUACAUUUUAUUGCAAGGCAAAUGGGAGUGGCCAAAUGUAAUGUCCGAUUUCAUUCAUCUGCGCCGCACUGCAAAAGGGCUGAGGGGAAGUGGCUUAUGAAUAGUGCCGUGCUCAAAUAGUGCGUUCUUAGAAUUGUCCUUUUCAAAUACGGAAUCAUAUAUAUACAGAGGCUUCAGCCACGCUAAGCACACUGGCUAGCAACCUGAGCACAGUGAGAAAGUAUUUGGGGAAAUUGUUAUAAGUUUUUUUUUUUUUAAGAAAAAUUAAGAAUUACUGUAUAGGCAGAACUAAAAAAAACCUAAACCAACAUAGAAGCGGCAAUAAACCUAAUUCUAAUUAUUGAGAUAUUUCGUAAGCAAUGAAAAUUAAAUUAAUGUGUUAUAUUUAUUAUACAUAUUUACUCAAUUACAUCCCAACCAAGUAUUUCAACAGGUGUGUCAUUCUGUGUAAGAACCUUUUUUGCAUGGAAUUCACAUUUAGUUGCAAUACCAUUCCCACGCAUCGCACAAACACUCCCUUGCGUGUUGCGCCUUGCAUCGGUCUGCGCGCCCAUGAAAAUAGUGCCUAGCGUCGAUACGCUGCAUGAGAAUAUAAAGCCUUGUGUUUGAAUGUAUGUUAUUCCUUUCUAUGUCAUUUUUUUAUUUUAAUUUCCCUAGCUUUGUCUUUUCUCUCCCUUCUCACACGUCUGCCUUUCUUGUUUUGUUCUCCUUCCUUCUUGGUUUGUUGUUCAUUUCUUGAAGCAUUUUGAAAGAAAAAAAAAAAACAGCAUUUUGUGAGGCACUAGUAGUGUGGUGUAGGAACACCCCUGAGAGAGAAUUCAACAAAUGGCACACUGAGGGACCUAGCUUUGAUUUGUUUGCUUCCAGAGGCGUGGGUAUGUUAUGUUCCCUUUUAGUUUCGUGUCAGUCAUCCCUUCUGUUCGGUGUACUUCACUGGUGUCUGAUGAAAUCACAUCUCAAUGUCUUGUGCUGUUGACACAAUGCCCUAUCAUACUCUCAGCACUAGGUAUCUGUCUCCUAAUCUUGGUGAGUGCAUAGAUGUAUUUACAAAUGUCCAGUUUGCCAUACAAGGCUUUGAAAUCCCUUGUUAUUUAGAUCAUGGUGGGGUGAUUGAGCCUUAUGAACACUUCAGAUAUUAGAAGUGUUUUGUUAGGCCUUCAUUAGUACAGAAUUGCUAUGAUUGCCCUCAUCACAACACAUGCCCCAAAAGUUAAUGUGCUAUUCAUCAAAUGCACUUUUAAACCUAGGUAUAAUCACGCAUUUGUUUUUUUUUUGUUUUUUGUUUUUUUGUUUUGUUGUUGUUGUUGUUUUUUCAAGCCCCUGCAAAGCCAAAGCAAAUUCAGCUUUUUCUUAUGAUUUCGAAUGUAAUUAUGAAAACAAUUCCUGACAUUAUUUAUUUUCUGUUCUAUGUGGAAAACAAACAAACAAACAAUAGAUUUUUGAUCUAGUGUGUAUGCACUGUUGCCAACACCCUUUUUCUAGACUUCUAUUGAUUGCAAAGGGGAGCUGUGAAACAUUCUGCUUUUGUCACUAGAGCAGACCAAAUGACAGAGCAAAUUUCCUAAAAUCGAACCGAAACAAUUAUCCAAACUUGUCAAUCCUUCCUAUAAAUAGACCACAUGAGUACCGCCUAACCAUAAUGGAUGGUUGUAACCAACCAUGCACACAUGAGCUGUUUCUUAUAAGUGGUAAGUGUUCUGAUGUACUGUCGGUGCUCUGUCCCACCCUAAUGCUGUGACCACACAAUGCGCCUCAACUGGGUGGAAAAAAACACUUUUACUGUUAGAGCAAACCGAGAUCCCUGAGAUGUUUCAAAUUUUGAAAAGAGAGAGAGAGAGAAAACAGAAUGAACGUGGUCUUACAGGAGUGCACACCACAACCUUGUAAAGUACAAAAAAAAAAUGGUUUGAAGCACAUCCCCUUGUACUUAUUGUAGACAACCAAAUUUCAUUCUCUUUUUUUUACCACCAGCUGUCUGUGCUUACUCUAUUCAGCACUGUCAUAAAUGUGGCUUUCAUCUUUGUGUCGCUUAUUUAUCAAUUUUUAUAUUCAAACAUCGUUCCCUUAUAACCAUUUCUACCUCAUUGCUACAUAUUGUACAUGUAGUACUUAUGUUCUGUCUUUUUGAAUGUCAUGCAUUUGUUACAAAAUGGGGAAAAAAAGAUGAAAAAAAUAGAAAACAACAAAGAUGAAAAAAAAAAAAUGUUUAAAAAGCUUGUCCUUGAACUUGAGCAGUCUACCUCAGAAAGACUGUCCGUACACUGAACAGAGUCAGCUCUGGAAACGAUAAGACACAUUAGUGAGGGGUGCCACGGAAGAUAAUGCACACUCACUUAAGACACUGAUUAAACUCACAAUGCCACAUCUCUUGAAGAAUAUUGUGGGCUGUAUAGGUCUUCUCCAAGGUCUCUAAUGCAAAUUCACGGUUAAAAAAGUAUUAAAAAAUAUAUAUUUAUCGCUUUACUCUUUUGUGAAUUGUAGUGUGCAUGUGAAUGUGUAUGUGUGUGCACUUAUGAAGAGGUGUGUAAGUGUGCAGUUUUAUAUAUGAAUUUAUAUCGGACAUGGAAGUGCAUUUCAUUUACUGCGUUUGUACAUGAAAUGCACUUACACCUAUGUGUGCGUACUGUACAUUUGCUGUUGAUAUGAUGUGUUUUUUUAAAUGCACCACAUACAUAUUUAUGUGUGUAUGUACAAUAUUGCCAUAACGACAGUCAACAUAAAUGUGUUUUCAUGUAUUCUUAGGGGACAAUGAACAAUAAAAUAAAAAAACGAUUUUUUUUUCUUUUGAAAUAAUGUGAUUCAUUUUGUUUUCUGUAAUAUGUGGACCCUUCUUUAAUUGUUGAGAUGUUCACAUAUGCUUCAGUUGCAUUUUGUGUUUAUUUUGAAAUAAAUGCAAUUUCAUGUGCAGUUUUGAAGGAGAUGUGUACUUGAGUAAGACCUAUACAAUGCACAAUACACACAGUGUUUUCCCUAAUUGUGUGUUUUUUCCUAUUCUAAGCAUUAUCUAAAAUCAUAUUUCUGUACCUGUAAGCUUUACAUUAAUCUGUCUUUGCCAAUCCAACACGUAAUGUUACUGUAUUCAUUGAAUUAAAACGAAUUGAAAACGUUUUGAUGACA